AUGGAGCAGAACAAAGGGACCGAUCCACAGGUACAAUACGACUGUGUUAUUUGCAAUUGCCCUGACCAUGUGGAAGAUAUGGUGGCAUGCGAUACAUGCCAGUUGUGGUUUCACUACAGCUGUGCCAAGGUGGAUGCAAGUAUUAAAACUCGCCAUUGGCUUUGCGAAUCCUGUGGACCCCUUGACGAUUCCGAACAGUCGGGAAGACCGACCAGAACGAAGAAAAAGGUCGAACAAUUGAAGCUUUUAAAGGUGCCAGCCGGCUCGGAGAAGACAUCUGGCAAAUCUAUAGCAGGAAGCAAAACUAGCUCUAGGAAAAUUAAAAAUAUUGUAGUGGACGAGCGAGCCAGCGUCAGUUCUAGUGUGCGUGCCCGCCUAGAGCUCGAACUGGGAAUCAUAGAAGAACAGCAAAAACUUCAAGAACUUGAAUUGUCAGCGGAAAAGGAAAUGAGGGACCUUGAACGAGCUCAAGAGAAAUUGAUGAAGGACCAGGAAUUAGCUAUUGAGGUGAAAAGGUUGGCUGAAGAAAGAGCGUUUCAGGAACAAAAGUUGGCCGAGGAGCGAGAAUUUCGAAAAAAACAGAUGGAAGUACGGAAGCAGUCAAUAGAGGAUAAAGCAAAAAUUGUUCGCCAGUUGUCCCAAUACGGGAGCAGUAAAGGUAGCAUCGGACCUAGCGAACCAAACUCAGAUGAAAAAGUAGAAGCAUGGUUGCGGCGCACGGUACAGAAGAAUCCUGAAGCAGGACAGAAAUCUAAAACGGUACACCGCAAUGGUUCCCCGAAUCUGGUUGAACAACAUCCCGGAUCACCUUUACUCACCGGGAACCUUCUCUGCCCUACAUUGGAGGAUCGUGCAGCUCCGAAUUCGCCAGACGUCUCUGAGUGCGUACCACUCGAUAGAAUCGAUGGGAAGAUGCAAUCAAACGUUUUCAAUGACUUCACUCCGCUGCCCUUUCCGAACAAGAUCGUGAUGCAAACGACAAAUGAACGCGAGGAAGGUCCAUCAAGCCGUCAGAUCGCCGCGCGCCAGGUGAUGGGAAAGGAUCUUCCUACAUUUUCCGGUGACCCUGAAGAGUGGUCGAUUUGGAUUAGUAAUUUUGAGCGCUCUACUGUAACGUGCGGAUUCUCCCAGGAUGAAAAUCUUAUACGGUUGCAACGAAGCCUUAAAGGGCAAGCUUUGGAGACCGUUCGUAGUCGGCUUCUAUCUCCCGCCGGUGUACCACACGUGAUUAAAACCCUACAGAUGAGAUAUGGUCGUCCAGAAAUACUGAUUCGUACGAUGAUAGAGAAGAUACGUUUAUCGCCGUCACUUGAAAUAAACGAUUUGGAAAGUGUUAUCGAGUUCGGAAAUGCGGUGGACAACUUGGUAGAACAUUUAAAAAAUGCUAAGCAACAUGUACACUUAUCCAACCCUGCACUCCUGCACGAUCUUGUAGCGAAGCUACCCGUUGAUUACCGGUUAAAAUGGUCUGCAUUCAAAGGAUCAACAUCGGAGGCUAAUUUGAAUACUUUUGGUGCCUUCAUGACUGCUUUAGUGGAACUUGCAUAUGAGGUAGCCGAUGACCUUCCAACAGGAGAAGGAAACAAUACACGACCAAAAAAGCAAGCCUUUGUCCAAACUCAUACCGAUGCUGUGAAAUCCGUUUACUGUACGGAAAAUGAUCAAAAUAAUACGUCAGAACGAUCACCGAAGAAAACUUGUAUUGUUUGCAAAUCCGACGGACAUAGGGUCGCUGAUUGUUUUAGAUUUAAAUCAUUAACGCUGGACGAGAGAUUGAAGGUUGUGCAUCAGAGCAUGUUAUGCAGAACGUGCCUUAAUUACCACGGUAGAUGGCCCUGCAAGACAUGGAAAGGCUGUGGAAUUGAAGGCUGUAGACUGCGCCAUCAUACCCUAUUACACCCAGCGGCGGUGCAUACUGCUGUAUCCACGAGUCAUCGCGACCAGCUUGACCGUGAUGGUGGUCCAAUAUUUAGAAUUCUCCCAGUGACACUUUUCGGUAAAACUCAUCCAAUUACCAUUUUUGCGUUCAUCGAUGAAGGAUCUCAGCUAACGUUAUUGGAAGAAGAAGUUGCAAAACACCUUGAAAUUGAUGGUAUACUUGAGCCACUAAAUCUGCAAUGGACUGGUAAUGUUAAGCGGUACGAGUCAGAUUCCCGUCGUGUUACAGUUGAUAUUACUGGGAGCAAUACAUCAAAGCGUUUCAAGUUAUCAGAUGCUCGAACAGUAGGAAGGUUGCUUCUCCCGUCGCAAACAAUGUGCUAUCAUGAGUUAGCGGCAAAAUUUCCGCAUCUUCGAGGACUUCCGUUAAACGAUUACGACAAAGUGGAACCAAAGCUUUUGAUCGGUCUCGACAACCUGAAGCUCACUGUCCCACUGAAAGUUAGAGAAGGAGGAUGGCAUGAUCCGAUAGCUACAAAAUGUCGCUUGGGUUGGAGUAUAUAUGGUUGCUCUCAAAUCGUAACUGGACGAGUCGUCAGUGGAGUUCACGUUGCGGAGAAAACCCAACCUGAUAAAGAGCUCAAUGAGCUAGUUCGUGAAUUUUUGACGGUGGACAAUGCCGUAGUUACUUGUCCAUCGCUUAUUAUCGAGUCGGAUGAUGAUAAACGAGCAAGGAUUUUGUUGAAAAGCUUAACUAAAAGGAUCCCAUCAGGCUUCGAGACUGGGCUGCUGUGGAAGGAAAAUGAUAUACGUUUUCCCCAUAGCUACGGAAUGGCUUAUCGGCGUCUUCAAUCUUUGGAGAAAAAACUUGGUAAGGACCCUCAACUGUACGACUGCGUUCGUCAACAAAUCAUCGAGUACCAAGAUAAAGGAUAUGCACAUAAAACUUCGUGUCGUGAGUUGUCCACCACCAGAUCUGAAAACACCUGGUAUCUACCACUAGGAGUGGUGGUAAACCCGAAGAAACCCAACAAGGUUCGUCUGAUUUGGGACGCUGCAGCGAAAGUAGAAGGAGUGUCGUUAAACUCGGCUUUGUUAAAGGGACCGGAUAUGAUAGCUUCACUGCCAGUAGUACUGAGUCAAUUUCGUUUGUACCGUUAUGCUUUGGCAGCUGACAUCAAAGAAAUGUUUCACCGUAUUCGAAUUCGUGAAGCAGAUCGCCAGUUUCAAAGAUUCCUGUGGCGCGAUACGAUUGAAUUUGAACCACAGGUAUUCGUAAUGGACGUUGCAAUAUUUGGGUCAACAUGUUCGCCAUGCUCCGCCCAAUAUAUUAAAAAUUUGAAUGCUGUAGCGUUUUCCCAGCAGUACCCACGAGAGACAGAAGCCAUAAUUCGCUACCACUACGUGGACGACUAUCUAGACAGUUUCGGCACAAUUGAAGAAGCUGUACAGGUGGGAAGCACCGUGAAGAUGAUUCAUGCCAAAGGGGGUUUUGAAAUCCGAAACUUCAUGUCCAAUUCGAAGGAGAUAAUGGAACGAAUAGGAUCGAACUCUGCACAAACGUACCGUCAAUUGACGGUGGAGAAAACUGACAUCACGCAAACGGUGCUAGGGAUGAAGUGGAUUCUUAGUAGUGACGACUUCACAUUUAUCUUUGAAAUGAACAGCUGCUGGGGAAACGUUCUCGAGGACACAUGCUAUUUCCCUGAAGCAAACCAGGAAACGUAUUCUUCCCUGCAAAUCCAUAUCUUUGUGGAUGCCAGUGAAUCGGCAUACGCUAGUGUCGCCUACUUUCGGGUAAUAAGUACAAAUGGACCAUUAGCAUCAUUAGUAGCGGCUAAAUCAAAGGUUGCUCCACUUAAAAUGCAAACAAUUCCAAGACUCGAACUGCAGGCAGCUGUCCUGGGAACUAGGCUGCUGAGCAACAUAUGUUCUAUGCAUUCCCUUCCCAUUACACAGCGUUUCUUAUGGACGGAUUCGAAAACAGUUCUCUCGUGGAUAUAUUCGAACCAACGCAAAUACCCUCCGUACGUGGGCUUUAGAGUAAGUGAAAUUCUGUCUACUACUAAUACAACAGAGUGGCGAUGGCUUCCGAGUAAAUUGAACGUGGCGGACGAUGCGACCAAAUGGGGAACUGGUCCCAAAAUCGACGUAGAAAGCCGCUGGUUUCGUGGUCCUGAUAUUUUACUACAAUCUGAUGCAUUGUGGCCCUCAGUUCCUGAUCUUCCAGUUUCCACAGUUGAAGACUCGCAUGUGUGUCUUUUGCAUCAUUCACCUGGCGCUAAUCUCAUCGACAGCAAUAGGUUCAGCAAAUGGGAACGGCUUCUUCGAACACAAGCAUUUGUAAAUCGGUUUAUUUCCAACACGCGAACGGAGCCACGAGAAAGUGGCGGGUUUACACAACAAGAAUUUGCAAAGGCAGAACGAUGCCUGAGGUUACAGGCGCAAGCCGUUGUUUUCAUCAACGAAGUAGAUAUACUCAACAAAACACGCGGAGUACCGCAGGAUCGUCAUGCCAGUGUUACUAAAUCAAGUUCGAUCUACAAAUCUUGGCCAUUUAUGGACGAACAAGGAGUUAUUCGAAAGCGUGGCCGCAUUAGCUCUGUUAGUUGGAUACCUUAUGAGGCAAAAUACCCUACAAUACUUCCUCGUCAAAACCGUAUAACCUUCCUCCUCGCAGAUUGGUUUCAUCGUCGCUUUAACCAUGCCAACCGCGAAACAAUAGUGAACGAGAUGAGACAGCGUUUUGAAAUACCGAAACUGAGAUCACUGAUUGCGGAGGUGAUUCGAUCGUGUGUAUGGUGCAAAGUCUUUAAGGCCAGACCAACCGUUCCGCCCAUGGCCCCACUGCCGAAGGUUCGUCUAACUCCAUUCAUUCGUCCCUUUACAUUUGUCGGCUCAGACUACUUCGGUCCAGUCCUAGUGAAAUUGGGCCGCAGCAAUGUCAAGCGUUGGAUUGGACUCUUCACAUGUCUAACGAUUCGGGCUGUUCAUAUGGAAGUCAUACAUAGCUUGUCUACGGAGUCUUGUGUUAUGGCUGUUAGACGUUUCGUAUCGCGAAGAGGAGCCCCGGCAGAAAUCUUUAGCGAUAACGGAACAAACUUCCAAGGAGCAAACAAACAACUACGCAAGGAAAUGAAAGAACGCAACACUACUAUGGCAUCGAUUUUCACAAAUGCAAAUACGCGUUGGAACUUCAAUCCUCCCGCUGCGCCUCAUAUGGGUGGGGUUUGGGAACGGAUGGUUCGAUCAGUGAAAGUAGCAAUCAAGGCUUUUCUGGAAUCAUCUCGCAAACCGGAUGAAGAAACCUUGGAAACCGUUGUACUGGAGGCAGAGGCAAUGAUUAAUUCGAGACCACUGACGUACAUUCCACUUGAGUCAGCGGAUCAGGAAUCGUUAACGCCCAAUCACUUUCUGCUAGGCAGUUCCAAUGGGGUGAAACAGCAGCCGGUGCUGCCUAUAAAUGGACGAACAACCUUAAGAAGUAGCUGGAAACUUGCACAACAUCUCGCCGAUGAAUUUUGGAGAAGAUGGAUAAAAGAGUAUAUUCCGGUGAUUUCAAGGCGAUCCAAGUGGUUCGAUGAAAUCAAGGAGAUAGCUGAAGGAGAUUUAGUAUUGGUGGUGGACGGAACAGUGCGGAAUCAGUGGUUGCGAGGAAAAGUGGAGAAAGUCGUUCAGGGUUCGGACGGCCACGUGCGUCAACCAUGGAUAAAAACAAUGAACGGAACCGUAAGACGACCUGCAGUAAAACUGGCGUUACUCGACGUCUUGGAACCUGGUGAACCUGACAUAGGCAACUACAGUGGUUCACGGGAGGGGGGAUGUGACAGCGAGUACCCCCAGGUCUAA